AUGUCUUCCUAUUUACGAGGUUCAACAAAUUAUGUUUGGUCUACUACCAGUAUUCUGGGGAAAGGUGCUACUGCAACUGUUCAUCAAGGUGUUAACAAGGUAAAUGGUGAACCUGUAGCAGUUAAAACAUUUAAUCAACUUAGCACACUUAGACCACAAGAAAUUCAGCUGCGAGAGUUCGAAGUACUACAAAGAGUUAAUCAUGAAAAUAUUGUUAAACUUUUGGCAAUUGAAGAAGAGCAAGAAAACAGGGGCAAAGUAAUAGUUAUGGAGCUGUGUACUGGUGGAAGUCUGUUUAACAUUUUAGACGAUCCUGAAAAUACAUAUGGUUUAGAAGAGUCUGAAUUUUUGUUAGUAUUGGAGCAUUUAUAUAAAGGAAUGAAACAUUUAAGAGAUAACAAUCUAAUACAUAGAGAUCUAAAGCCAGGUAAUAUUAUGAAAUAUAUUCGUGAUGAUGGUACCACUGUAUAUAAACUCACCGAUUUUGGAGCCGCGAGAGAACUUCAAGAAGGCCAAUACUUUCAAUCUUUGUAUGGUACAGAAGAGUAUUUGCAUCCAGAUAUGUAUGAAAGGGCAGUUCUACGGAAACCUGCUAACAAAACUUUUGGUGCAACUAUAGAUUUGUGGUCCAUCGGUGUAACAUUGUAUCAUGUUGCUACAGGAAACUUACCCUUUAGACCAUAUGGAGGGCGUCGGAAUAAAGAAACUAUGCAUCAAAUUACUACAAAAAAAGAAAGUGGUGUAAUAUCCGGUAUACAAUAUCGCGAGGGUGGACCAAUAGAAUGGAAAAGGGAGCUUCCAAUGAAUUGUCAGUUAAGUUAUGGUCUUAAAAAGAUAGUAACUCCUUUAUUAGCGGGUCUAUUGGAGGCGGAUCAUAGAAAAAUUUGGUCAUUUGACAAAUUUUUUAAUGAAGUAGAUGUUAUUCUUUCUCGUAAACUUUUUCAUAUAUUUCACGUAAAUAAAGCCCAGCUAAUUAAAAUAUAUAUACUUCCAAUAGAAAAUUAUACACAUUUACAAAGUUAUAUAGCGGAGCAAAUUGAAAUUAAAGAAAAUAGUCAAAUUCUAAUUUAUCAGAAUAAUCUUUUAAAAAAUCUUAUAGAAGAAUAUACUUUAAUAACAGGUUAUCCAAACACUAGUAAAGAAGAUCCAUAUUUUUUAUUUGAUAGAGAAAACAAUAAUAUUACUGUGGUACCUGAUCCGGAAUUACCGAAAUUUAACGAAUUUUCCAAUGUAAUGUCUGUAGAAAAUGAUGCUGCUCAAGCGAAAUCUGCGUGCAGCAUUGGUCACCAAUAUAAACGACAGAUUGAUAAAUAUUCACUGUUUAGUAAGCUUAUUAGGGAUACUGUUCAAUAUUUUACGAAGUACAUAACAACAGUAUUACAAGAACUGCAUCAAAAUACACAACAUCUCUUGGAUAAGACUUUAACGCUACAAAAGACUGCAGAUAUAUUGCAAAUUUCACAACAAAUUAGUCGCUAUAAUAACAAAAUCAAUUUUGUGGAAAAAUUGGAAAGUCUGAGUAAAGAUUUUUUAACAAUCUCUGUACAAGGUGUUACAAAUUUGCAUAAAACGCAUUGUACAGAUUCCAAUCUUAAAUUACAGUGGGAAAACACCAACAGAAAUCUUAAGUGUCCUUAUAAAACACUCUCUCCAGCUAGGGCUAAAAGUCAAGUAGAACAUUUAAGAGAUUCUUGGCAACAUUUAGUAAGAGAUAGAGCUACACGUACAUUAAGCUAUAAUGAUGAACAAUUUCAUAUAUUAGAACGUAUAAAAAUCACUCAGACCCUGAAUAGAUUGAAAAACUUAUUUGAGCAUGAAGUGUUUCCUCAGUAUGAGCAGUUAGCAGAAAAUUUCGGCGAUUGGUAUAAAAUAGCUCAAAACAUCCAUCUAAAAUCUGAAAUUUUGAUUUCAGAUGUUAAAAAAUAUGAAAGCAAGUUGACCGAAUUUGAAGAAGAUAUUGCGAUUGAAAAUUCUGAUUACACGGAUUUUGUCAAAAGCAAUAACAAACAAAAUACGGUACCCAAGGUAAGAAGUUUGCAAAGUCAAAAAUUAAAACAGUGUUUUACUGAAUACCAUAAAGAGUGUAAAAAUAUUAAAGAUGUUCUUAAUGAAAACAUAAAACUCACAACUUACUUGAAUGACUCAACAAUGGAAAUCAUAAAAAAAAUUAAUGCAAAUGAUAAUACAGAAAUGCAAUCAAAUUAA